UUGUCACGUUGUAAAGUCUUUAUGAAAUAUCUGAGGAUUUUGAAAACAUGUCAUCUGCUUUCUACAAAUAUACAUACACAUGUGAUUGUGUCUUGUAAACGGCCGAUUUGUGCAUAUGUUUUAGUUUCAAUCUAAGAAACAUAGUGUAUUUUGUCAGAAGCAUCGCCGCAUGUUUUGGGUCUUUACAACUUUCAAAAUAAACCCACCGCCACUGAAGUCGACCAGAAACGUAUAGAAGGAUUGCAGAUACUGUUGAACGACACAAACAUUUCAUAUAUGGUAUGUUGAGGCGUGGCUUGGUUUAUCCCACGAUAUAUGGGGUGGAAAGUAGAACGUUUCUUUCAUAAGACAUAAAAAUAUUUAGACAAAAGGGAAGGGAAGUAUUCUUAACCGCAUAACAUCAUUCGAGAUACAAGUGUGAUGCUUAUGUAAAACGAAAAAUACAUUUUUAUUUGUCCCCAAAUGGUUACGUCCACAACACACCUCUGAAUGGGUCCACAUGGUAUGUCUCCAUUUUCUGACUAUGCAGAAGCUUAUGGAUAGUUCCUCAGUUUUGUAACCAUGAUGGGAAAGUGUCCGGAGAAUUUCGGCUGGGACAGCGUCCUGGGGUGCCGCCCGUGUGUCAUCUGUGUCAGCUGGCCAGAUGACCCUCACUGUUGGGACUGUCCACUGCCUGAAACCACGACAGGGUACGCCGCUUCCGUGACUACUUCAGCAAGUUGGAGCAGUACUUCAGGUGGGCAGGAGGGGCUGUGGACUACUGUGGUAGCUGAUGGCAUCAUCAGUACUGUCCGAGAGCUGCUUACUAACCUGCCCGGGCCGUCUACCGUCCGUGACACCCAGGAGAUAGUAGUGGGUACGGCAGGACAACAGGGUUUUGGGGAGGAGCUGACGUGCUCGGAGCUGACUGUGGUGGGCGUACUGAGCGCUGUGCUGACGUUCCUGUUGGUACUCCUCCUACUAAGCUGUGUUGCUUGCGGGGGGAGGGUGUGGCGUUGGUGGGACAGCGGGACCACCAGUGUUACCCUGAGGAAAUCCCCCAAGAAGUCACCUCUCAGCGCCGGUGACUCCGCUACAUUUGGGAGGUAGCUCUUUUGACAUUGCCGCUAGGUGGCAUCUCAGCUCAGCUAACAGAUUCCGUGCAGACUGCUUCAGUUCAGGUCUAGACGUAAAGAUACCGCAUGGAACCCAAGUAAAAAUGCAUAUGCAUACUUUGAUGAAGGAUCUGUGAUGGGAUUUAGCUAAGGAAAUAUGUUUUUGUUAUCUAAGGAUAUAGGUCUAUCUAUUUUCGCAACAUGAAUCAGUCAUGGAGUUUCUUAAAAAGCACAUUGCAAUAUCACUACAAAGCUGGAAUAUAUCUGGUUACUAGUAAUUCUGGUCAUACAAGUAUAAAAUG